AUGAGUCCGGAUAAACACUGGCUCUGCUGUCCAUUAAAUUUAUUUCUUCCCAAUCAGAUUUAUCAGAGAUAUAUUGUCUACUUUAAAGAAGAAAUGUCUAAAAAAUACUUUAGUACAGACCACAAAGAGAGAGUUAACAGCACAAAGCAGGUGCGCCGUCUGCUAUCUGCUGAUAAUGAGACUUUACUUGAAAGCGUUCUAGCGAACGCCCAGAAAGAUAUGACGAUUUAA